AUUUGAUGAUGCUCUUCAAACUUAUCUAUGGUCACGACUGUUUUACUAGUCAUAUAAAUACAUAUAUUUUAAUUAUUAUAUUAUCUUUAUUAUCUAUCAGAAUUUCAGUUCAUUCUAUCUUCAUUCUAGUCCGAAAUGAUAACGAAAUAGUAUAUUAAUAAAUAAUAAUUUUAAUAUUCAUUUAUUUUGUGGCUGCACUUUAGCUGCAUUUGAAGUUGAUAACGAUAGCGGAUAAAGACGGCAGACACCAUAAAUUGUGGACAGUAGUCUUUUAGCUCUGUAUGUGCUCUGUAGUCAGUACUCCGUUUCCGUGACUACUGACCACAACAAUAAUUAUUGAACCCGGCAACGACAGAACAGUAAAACGAAAAAUAUGUCUGACACUGACUUCAGCUCAUCAGAUAGUGACAAUAACAAUGUGUCUCCUUUUUUCAACCAAUAUUUUGCUUAUCCUCAAGAAUACGAUUCUGAAAUUGAUGUUGGAAGCUCAGACUUAGAAAUAGAUGAUUCGUCAGAUAGUGAAAUUGUUAAUAGUUUAAAUCAUUUGGAUUCUUCAUCUAGUGAUAGUGAAUUCAACUACUCUUCAGAAGAUUUAAAUUGUCCAGAUGACUCAUCUCAUGAUUCAAGAAAUCCAUCUGUAUUAAGAUUGUUCAGACAAAGACAAAUAAAAAAAAUUAAAAUCGCUCCUCCAAAAUCCAGUUAUUGGUGUCUCCCUAAAGAAUUAUAUAACAGAGAAAUCGGCCAGUAUAACCGCCGUGCUCAAUGGGGUUAUAAGUUCUAUCAAUCAGCGGUUGCUGUACAUAAACUCAAAUUGAGUAAACAGUUAAAAGGCCAUCAAGGAUGCGUAAAUUCACUAGACUUUAAUAAAACUGGUGACAUGAUAGCAAGUGGAUCAGAUGAUUGUAAAAUAUGUUUAUGGAAUUGGUCAAAUAAAAAGUGCUUACUCAAUUACAAUAGUAUGCACACUAGAAAUAUUUUUCAAACUAAAUUUCUUACUACGCACGGAGAUAAAGAUGUUAUAUCAAGUGGACGGGAUGGCUUAGUUGUAUGGUCUUCUUUAGGUGAUAGUAAUGCCAAAAUAAGUAAAAUAAUAGCCCGUCAUGAUCGCUCUUGCAACAAAGUUGGUGUACAUCAUGAAACACCAUAUGUAGUUCUCAGUUGUGGAGAUGAUGGAAUUGUUAAAAAUAUUGAUGUUCGUCAAUUUCCUAUUAAUGAAAAUAGAAGAAUUACCAAUAUACUACAUAUCAGAAAUGCUCGUGGUUCUUCUAUGCAUCUUUAUGGUAUUGACAUAAAUCCUAUGAAGCCUUAUGAGUUUAUUGUAAAUGGAAAUGAUGAAUAUGUAAGAAUGUACGAUAAAAGACAACUAAUUGUGGAUCCCGUUAAAAUGUUUCAUCGUGAGCUUAAAAAUACUAAAACAGAAAAAGCUGAUAAUAAUGCUGUUAAUAGUACGGACGAUAGUGCUAUUAAUGACACUGAUGAUAGUGAUGUUGAUGACAUUGAUGAUGGUGCUGUUAAUAUUGCUGACAGUUUUAGUGCUAGUCCUAACAAUGUUGAUUCUGACUAUGAUGAGGACUGUGAUAGUUUAGUACCACAUUUAAAACAAAUUACAUCUGCUGUGUACAGUUAUUGUGGUACUGAAAUUUUAGCUUCUUAUAGUGAAGACGAUAUUUAUCUAUUCGAUGCUUAUGGUCGAUCGAAUUCUGUAUUACGCAAUUAUGGUGGCCAUAUAAAUAGAAUGACAGUCAAAGGUGUCAAUUUCUAUGGACCGAGAAGUGAUUAUGUGGUAUCUGGAUCAGACUGUGGAUUUAUAUUUAUAUGGGAUAAAAAAACUGAAGCUAUUGUCCAAAAAAAACGUGCUGAUAAAAGUGGAUGUAUCAAUGUAUUAGAACCACAUCCACAUAUGCCAACUCUAGCAACUAGUGGCUUAGAUAGAUCUAUUAAAAUAUGGGAACCUUUAAAUGAAUCUCAAGAGCCAAAUAAAAAAAAGCUCAGAUUGAGUUAAUCGUUUUCUUUUGCUGGCCAUAGUGCACUACAAUAAGCGUUUGUAUAUUGGCAUCUCAAACACAACGAAACGCACAUAGGACAACGCAUUAGUUACAAUAUUUUGUUGACGCCAUAAUAUUUCAAUGACUGAACGGAUAAGAUAAAGUUUUCAUGUACAGUAUAAUAAUGUACACAUAAGAUAACUUAAUUAUUGAGGUUUUCAUUCAGAUAUUCAAAAAUAAUUCUUAAUUUAAGAUAAAAAUUAUUAAUAUCAAUGUCAUAAAAGUGUCCUUUAUUUAGAAUUUCCUGUAUUCAGAGGUUUUCCUAUUCUUAAGUAGUGAAAAUGUCCCCGUCCCCGAAAAAACGUCUGCUAAAAUGUCUGCCGAAAAAUGACUAGUUAAGUAACUACUCUGCUGUUCAGUAGGUUAGUAUUGUCAUUGAGUUAUUUAGAUCACUGUAAUGGAUAUGCUAAAUUUGAAUUAAAUUCAAUGAAUCAUUGCAUACAAAAAUAAUUCUAAGUGGACAGCUGUCAGAGCCCAUAUUACUAAGUACAUUUUAUUAUACAUUUAUAUGGUCUAAUAGUAAUGCAGAUAGUUGAUUAAUUUUUACCUAAAAUUCUUUAUUAUAUCAUUAAACAAUAAUCAUUAUACAAGUAUAUAUUAUUGUUAUUAACUUUCGCAGCAAUAGAACGGUGUUUAUAGGUUUGUGGUUUAAAUAGUUAACAGCUAAAAUUAAUCUAAAUAAUAAGAAAAUGUCAUUGUUUAUAGUAAAAUAUAAUAUAGGUAAUAUAUAAACAUAGAAAAGUUUCAAGUU